AUGUUCAAGUUCAACAGCACAGUCUUCAUGCCCUCAGUGCUGACACUAAUUGGGAUCCCUGGCUUGGAGUCUGUGCAGUGCUGGAUUGGGAUUCCUUUCUGUGCCAUGUACAUCAUUGCUCUGCUUGGGAAUUUUCUUCUCCUGGUCAUCAUCAAAUCUGAGCAGAGACUCCAUGAGCCCAUGUAUCUCUUCCUGGCAAUGCUUAGAACAAUAGACAUUGCUCUCAGUACUUGUAUUUUACCAAAAAUGCUAGGGAUAUUCUGGUUUCAUGCGCCAGACAUAUACUUUGACGUCUGUCUCUUGCAGAUGUGGCUCGUCCACACCUUCCAGUGUAUUGAGUCAGGUAUUCUGCUGGCCAUGGCCCUGGACCGCUGUGUGGCAAUCUGUGAUCCUCUGAGACAUGCAACUAUUUUUACCCACCAACUUCUCACUCAGAUUGGGGUUGGAGUGACACUCAGAGCAGCCCUCCUUUCAGCUCCAUGUCUCAUCCUCAUCAAGUGCCGCCUGAAAUACUAUCGAACCACCGUCGUAUCGCAUUCAUACUGUGAGCACACGGCCAUUGUGAAGUUGGCAGCAGAAGAUGUUCGAAUCAACAAGAUUUAUGGUCUGUUUGUGGCUUUCAGUAUACUUGGAUUGGACAUAGUCUUUAUCAUCCUCUCCUACUUCCAAAUAUUUAUUACCGUCUUCAAUCUGCCUCUGAAAGAAGCUAGGCUCAAAGCCUUUAACACCUGCAUUGCCCACAUUUGUGUCUUCCUUGAGUUUUACCUCCUAGGUUUCUUCUCCUUCUUUACACACAGGUUUGGGUUCCAUAUUCCACCCUGCAUUCAUAUUCUUCUGUCCAACCUUUACCUACUUGUCCCACCUCUGCUCAAUCCUAUUGUUUAUGGUGUGAAGACAAAACAGAUUCGGGAUAGAGUAUCCAAGAUUUUUUAUGCUAAGAAUCCUUCUUGA